GCCCCAGCCCCGGCCAGAGGAGAAGCAUGGGACGGCGUGCGGGGCUCCUGCUGGCGUGGGCCUGCGGGCUCCUCAGCACCGUCAGCGCCGAAGAUUAUUCGCCAACUCCAGAAGCUAUGCCUUACUUUCCAGAAAUGAAAGAUGGCAAGUGUUUCUUCCCGUUCCACUAUAAGAACGGCGUGUUCUACGACUGCGUCAAGUUCAAGGCCAAGCACAAGUGGUGCUCCUUGACGCAGAACUUCGAAGGCUACUGGAAGUACUGCUCGGACGAAGACUUGGCAAAAUGUGUGUUUCCCUUCUGGUACAGACGCACCAUCUACUGGGGCUGCACCGACGACGCGGACGCGUUUGGGAGGAAAUGGUGCUCCCUGACCCAGAACUUCAACAAGGAAAGGGUCUGGAAGUUCUGCCAGAUGAGCUGAGGGGCGCCCCAGGGGCGCCCGCAUCCUCAG